AUGGAUAAAUUCCGCCUGCUCUUCCAGCACUUCCAGUCCAGCUCGGAGUCGGUGAUGAAUGGCAUCUGCCUGCUGCUGGCCGCGGUCACCGUCAAGCUGUACUCCUCCUUUGACUUCAACUGCCCCUGCCUGGCGCGCUACAAUGCCCUCUACGGCCUGGGCCUGCUGCUCACGCCCCCGCUCGCGCUGUUCCUCUGCGGCCUCCUCGCCAACAGGCAGUCCGUGGUGAUGGUGGAGGAGUGGCGCCGGCCCUUGGGGCACCGGAGGAAGGACCCAGGCAUCACCAGGUACAUGUGCUCCUCUGUGCUGCAGAGAGCGCUGGCCGCGCCCCUGGUCUGGAUCCUGCUGGCCCUCCUUGACGGGAAGUGCUUCGUGUGUGCCUUCAGCAGCUCCGUGAUGAAUGGAAAAUGGAUAGAUUUGAGGAAGGAUGGAGGGAUAAGUAAAGAAAGUAACUUUGGAGCACCUGUGCCCAACCUUGUGCCUCCCUACCCCCAGGCCAUCGGAUGGAGUAUCACUCUGCUGCUGAUUGUUGUGGCCUUCCUGGCCCGCUGCCUGAGGCCCUGCUUUGACCAGACAGUCUUCCUGCAGCGCAGAUAUUGGAGCAACUACGUGGACCUGGAGCAGAAGCUCUUUGACGAGACGUGCUGUGAGCAUGCGCGGGACUUCGCACACCGCUGCGUCCUGCACUUCUUCGCCAACAUGCAGAGCGAGCUGCGGGCUCGAGGGCUGCGUAAGGACUCAGUGGCCAGGAUCCCUGAGCCUCCAGAGAUACCUGAGCCCCCUGAGGGCCUGGACAGCAGAAGCAGAAAGGCCUACCUACGCGCAGUCUGCAGCCGGGAACAGGUGGACCACCUCCUGAACACCUGGUACAACAGCAAACCUCCGCUGGACCUUGCAGCAUCCCCCAGGCUCUGCGAGAGUGGCCUCAGCCACCGAGCCCCCAUGGUAGCCCCAGGUACUAGGCUGUCCCAGUACACCGAUGUGUAGGGACCCCACCAAGCUUGAACAGUGGCAGUGUUCCCACAUGAAAUCCCCACGCUUCAAGGGUCUGGGAACUUUCAGCCCGUGGGAUUCCCCAAGGCAGGCAGCCUAACCCUUGUUGGCCUCCUACCCAAAAUAGCCCAAACUCUGCCUAGUUUUGGGGUGUGACUUCCUGUGUGUUUUGCAAGCUAAUGUGGACACGAUUCUGGGGCUCUUGUCAAAUGCAGGUUCUUAUUCAGUGCAUCCAGGACUGGGCCUGAGAUUCUGUGUUUCUAACAAACUCCCCCAAGGUGCUGACAUGUUUUUGGUCAGUGGACCAAAUUUUGCGUAGUAAGAGUCUAAACAGAUCUGCCAUGAGUUCUGGAUCCUAGAUGUCGAUUCUAAAUAAUAAUAAUAAUAGCA